UGCUUACAUCUGUGGGGAUGGAGGUCGUUUUCCUGGCUUUCUAUUUUUGGUCGUGCUUAUGAACAAUAUUGAAAAAGCAAAAAAAAAAAUUUCAUAGCAUUUAAUGGGAAAAUGGAAAACUGAAAUUUUUAUCGUUGGGCACAAGCAGCGGGCGCACUUACACCGAUCAACAGGCGCCAUGGUGCCCGCGAGCAUAGGGUUGAGGACCCCUGAUCUAAGAGACAUCAUCAGGCACAAUGAUAAUUCCUGUUCCCGGUAUUUUUGUGGAAGUAUUUUUCACCAUACUUCAGUUCUACAGUUAUCACAACAGGAGAAUCUGAGCAUCAUUCCAAUUUACGAUUCUUGGAUCAUCACUGUCUUCGGCUUCAUUUUAACCCUAGCACUUUGUUACUCACUUUACACGUGGUACAAACAGUAUAGAUUGCGAUAUCUUCUGAGGAUUUGUUUUUUAGGUUUGUUUACAUUGCUGGGUAUCAACGCUUCUUGUUUUAUCGAGUCAUGCAUUCUGGAUAAUUCUGAUAUUGUUUGCAAACUCCAGAGGCAUACAGGAAAUGUUCCUUCGAUUAUUUCUGCUUUAGCAACCGCUGUCAUGUGCUGCAUAAGAUUUUAUUGGAGUCUACCACUUAACAUUCGAAGGGCAUUGAAUUCAGAAUCAAGCUCUAAUCAACGAAUUACAUUUAAGAAUGUUCAUAAGACAGCUAAGCAAUUAACAGAAGAUAAGUUGCAAAGUGGAAUUUUAAAAGAAUUGCCUCCUGUUUACCCGAAUGGCUGGAUACCCGUGUUGGAAUCGACGGAGCUUUUACCGAAAAGCACAAAAACGGUUACAGCCAUUGGAAGAAAAUUUUGUGUCUUCAGAGGCUCUGAUGAAAAAGCGUAUAUCUUGGACGCAUAUUGCCCUCACUUAGGAGCCGAGCUAGCAGCCGGAGGGAAAGUUUUAAAUAAUUGCAUCGAGUGUCCUUUUCACGGGUGGCAGUUCGAUGGACAAAAUGGACAAUGUUCUGCUAUACCUUAUGCUGAUAAAAUUCCUGAAGUAGCAAAAAUAAAAUCUUGGAAGUCCUGUGAAAAGAAUGGCUUUAUAUUUGUAUGGUACCAUGCCGAUAAUGAGGAGCCUACUUGGGAAAUGCCAUCUGUUUCAAAUGUUGAAUCGGGUCUUUGGCCCUAUAGAGGAAGGACAGAGCACGAGGUUCAUUGCCAUAUACAGGAAAUACCAGAGAAUGGAGCCGAUAUUGCACAUCUGCAUAUGAUUCAUUCGAAAUCAGUUUUUUCUGGACUACAAACUUCGUUCAUUGACACCCUUCUAGAUCAUCUCAAACAUAACUGGGAACCUCGUGGAUGGGAGCCCGAUGAAGAAAGACCUCAUGUUGCUAAGGUAAAGCUUAUUCAACGAGCGAGCAUGUUUGGAGUCAAUCUUACCCCUUUCAAGUUAACAAUAAACAUAGAACAAAUUGGUCCAGCAACCGUUCACUUACAUUUGGAAUCAAGAUACGGUUGUGGUAUAUUAUUACAAUGCAUAAUGACAGAAUCUCCACUUAGCCACAGAAUUAUACAUCUUCUGUAUACGGAAUCAAGCUUCGGACAGUUUCCAGCGGACAUGGUGAUUUUAUCGGAAGCCAGAAUGCUCGAUAGAGAUAUUGCUGUCUGGAACAACAAGCGUUUUCUUCGGAGGCCCGUUCUUGUUAGGGAAGACAAAUUGAUUACUCGUUUUAGAAGAUGGUACUCACAGUUUUACUCGGAACAUAGUCCGACUCUCAAGGAAAUUAGAGAGAAUACGCUGGAAUGGUGAUAAAUUGUUUGAUUUGUGUUACUUAUUUAAACACGCCAUGUAUGAAAAUAUUCCUUUACAAAAUGUGUCAUUUUUUAUUUUAUUAAUAAAUGUUUUAGUUUUGAAUGCA